UUUCUCAUCUUCGCUGUCAUUGUGGUUGGUUGUUCUGAUUAGCAUUUUCGCACGCGCCUUUAAUAAAUUCAUAAUUUUUAUAAAAAAAAAUCUAAUUUGAAAAUAGUGCGAAGAUAUAAAAAGCAUAUUGAAGAUUAAAUGCAAAAAAUCGCUAUCAAAACUUUUAAAAAGUAGUUUGCACCAGAAGAUUAGUGUGCUGUUGACAUUGUGUAACCACGAAGUUGAAAACAAAGAGUGUUUUUAAUUACGAAUUCGUACCCAUUUAUUGCCGACUACCUAGUAUUUUUUUUAAUUUCUGCAGACCACGUUAAAAAUGUAUUCAAUUAUUUUGUUGGAGUAAAUUCAUUGGACCUCAAUCAAAUGAAACUAAAAUAUUGCAAAAAGAGGCCCAUGAUAACAUGCGAUAAAAGUCAAAUUCGCAUGUGAGUGCAAGGAAAAAAAUUAGCAGUAUAAUAUUCGGAGCAAAUGUUUUAAAAUUAAAUCGAGUGAAAAGUGAAUAAAGACGCCAGAACACAAGCAAAUAAAUAAUCAAAAUAUAAUAAAUACAAAAAAAUUCAAAAGUAUAAAAAAUAGAGUAAACGAAAGACAGAAAGAGAAAGUGCAAAAACAUACCUAAAGAGUGCAGCAACAAAAAUACUAAACAAAACGCUAAACGGGAGUACGAAAUUGUUUAAAUAAAUUAUUUUUCAUUACACUGAUAUAAUUUUAAUUUCUCUAUUUGAGUACUUUAUAAAACAAACAUACGGAUUAAUUUGGAAGAAUACAUUUACCAAAAAACUUUAUAAAACCUGUUGGGGGAAUAUGAGUUAUAAUAAAAAUAUUGAAAAUGAGAAACAAAAUCCAGUCAUUAUUGAAGAAACAACAAUAUCAACUGCUGCAGUGACAACAUUGGCUGAUUCAAUAAACAUUAGCAAAACAGUUGAAAAUGAUAAGUGCAUUGAUAGUGAAAAGCAUAGUAGUGAAGAUUUUCAGUUACCAAUACGGCACACAACAAAUGAGACCACAAAUAAUUUAGUGCCAGUAAUUGGUAAAUCUAUGUUUGCAAUUAGUGAUGAAAGCGAAUUAGCAAGCACAGCAACUGUUAGAGGAAAUGACGAUGGAAGUGCGAUCACUAACGUCAUCAAACAAGAUGAUCAUGCUGCCAUACCGCCUGUCAUUGCUUCUAAAAAUCAACCGAGCGAUCAUUUGUGUAUUAAGAAUUUAACCACAAAGUGCAUUGAGAUCAGGCCAACGGAUGCUGAAAAAACAGAUGUUGUGGGGGAUGGUACACAAAUGUCACAUUUUACCAAAGAACCAUGCGCUGAAAUUGCAACAACAAAGACAGUGACCGUACUAGAAAUAACAACAUCCAAACCACCAAUACCGCCUACACCGCCCUCUUCACCGUCAUCACCCACCUUAGCAAUGUCAAUGCAAAGCGGCGCAACACAUCUUACGCACACCUCUAGCGAUACCACAUUAAGCGUACAGUCACAAAUGUGCCCCAAUCAGCAGCAGCAGAAAAUGAGAAGCUAUCAUGAUACUAAGCAAACAACGAUGUGGUCUAAAGAUUCAGUGCUAGGGUCAAGCGGUAGUAUAAGCAUUGACAAAUCAGCUAUUAAUGCAAAAACAACGGUGUUAUCAAGACACACGGGUGCUAUUACAAAAACUGGUGCUUGCAGUGUUACAGUUUCACCGUGCUCAUUACGCAAAGGAUCUGAUCCGAUUAGCGCAUUGCCCCGUCGAGUGUCAUUUCCAAAAAGUGAUAAUGAACUGGUUACAGGCUACCUGGAACCGGCAAACCCAUGGGGACAAGCAUGUUUGGUUAAGAGCAUUUCCGAAAUUGCCGAACUCUAUGUGAUGUCAUGCCGCAAACAUAAAACAAAACCCUUACAGACUGUAUUGGAUCACUUGAAAGGUGUUGAAUUAAAUAAACAACAACGUCAGCCAGUGCUAUCGUUAAAAACAAUUAAAUUGGCGGCCAGCGAUUGUGAAGCAUUGGAGGAAAUUUUUAAACGGGUACAGUACAAAUUUAUAGAUCUCUCAUCAUGUGAUCUGGACGAAUGGGCGACAAGUGCACUCUUCGAAAUGAUCGAGUAUUAUGAGGCCACCAAUGAAUUGGACAUCUCAUCCAAUUCCAAAGGUAUGACCAUGCGCGGUUGGGCUGGUUGCAUGGCUAUGGUUAAGCAUAGCGAAGAAUUGCGUGUUCUAAUCGCACAAGGCAAUCCAAUUUCGAAACAAAGCGCCGAUGGUUUGGGACUGGCGAUAAGUGCAUCUAAUUUGCAUACCUUAAAGUUGGAACAUUGCGGUUUGAGGGGUGCGCUGGAUGGCUUAUGUUUUAAAUUGCGCUCAAAUUCCAUACUUAAAGAGCUAUGGUUAGCACAUAAUGAUUUAGAUUGUAAAGAUGCUGAAGCUAUUGGCUCUUUGCUGAAAUACAAUCACUACAUUGAACUGAUUGACAUAAGCAACAACAAUAUUAGAGAUAUGGGUCUGCUUUACAUCGUCGACGCAUUAAUACUGCAAUCCAGUGAAUUGGAACGGCGUUCGAUGUUGCAUCGUUCGGCGGCAAUAGAUGACGACGACAGUUUGUCAUCAAUUGAUGCAUCACAAACAACUGAUUUCGACUCUAGCGAUUCGUUCAAUGCCAGUAGUAAGAGCAGCGUUGACGAAAACGCGGAAAAUAGUGAAAGUGAAGAUAAAGUUCCAGAUAGCAAACAGAAAGUAAGCAAUGUUGAUAACUCCACGGACGUUUUUAGCACGCCAAAGGCAACAGAUAAAGUCACAAAUGCUCCGGUGUUAGUUGAAGUAACGGUGUCACAAGCAAAUAACACAAUUCUAAAUGGCAAAUCUUCAGUUGGCGCUGUUGUGGCGUUAACAACAGCGUCCAAUGUGUCAUCUUUGGACGAAAUGGACGGUGAUGACGAUACGGAGGAUACAGUAAAAUCAAGCAAUCAUAAAAAUGGUACAUUUGCGCCAACUGGGCAAUCAAUGUUGGAUAAGCUACUGUCCAUGAAUAGCGAAAGCAGCAGCGAAGAGGGUGCCUCGAAUUUGUCCACAGAUACCAUAGCGGCAUGUGGCUCUGAAGAUGCAAGCAUCACCAGUGAUGAUAUAUUUGAUACGUCUGCGGCAACGGGGACGACAAGCGCAUCGAACGAUACGCAUAAGGGUAACACCAACAUGAAGGCGGCAAGCGACUUAUUGGCACGUGUGGCAGCGCGGGUGGAAAGCGCGACGGACUUAAAGCUAGGUCAAGCUAAAGGAGUGGAGGAAAUGGUGUUGAUAGAUAUUACACCUUCGGAGACAGAUCCAGGCAUCACAACGCUUGACAACAGCAGUAAUGGUAGUAGUGGGGAAGGAACCGUUAGUCACAGUAACAACCAUAGUGAGACUAUAUCGGCCAGCUCGCCAUCAAGUAAUGACGAGAACAAUGGCAACAACAAUACAACAAGUAGCACAAUUUCCGAUAUUAGUGGCGACGAAGACGUUUGCAGAAAGUAUCACGACUUAGGCGGACCGGCGGCACAAGAUCAGGAUAAUCAGAAUCAAAAUAUACUCUUAGGCCAGCAAGCGAACGCGCCAAAUGUUACCGAUAUCUUCGAAGUAACCGCCGGCGAAGGUGAUUGCACGAUUGCCGAAGCCCCUGCCGCCAUUUCUAAUAUCGUUGAUGACGAUCGUUUACAGUUAGAGCAAACAACAACAUUACUGCAGCAACAGUUACCGGCCUCGAAGGCGGUCGAUGUGAAUAAGAACUCAAAGCUGGCCGAUGAUUAUGACGAUACGCACAGUACUGAUUCUGCAUUUGAAAGUGCCUCCGAAGGUGAUAUUAGUAGGCAUUUGCCAGAGGAAUAUAGUCGACUAUCGUCCUCCUUUGACGGUGCGCCGAUGGACGAUAUUGGGAAAGGUGUAGCCAUUGAAACGGGUACUAUAGCUACUGAGUCUACAGAGUAUUUGGCAGACGCGGGUGUAACGCCAACUUCUACACCAACGCCGGCGUCACCAUUGAACACACGACAAUUGGGUGUCUCACCACUAAGCGCAUUGGAGGAGGAUAUUGAUGCGAAUUGUCGAACAAUAACACCAAAUACGGGUUUCACAGCCAACACAUAUGCCAGUGUGGUAAAGGCGUCGAACGAACAAGAGAAAGCAGUUGCUACAAUGCAAACAACAACAAAAACGGUUACAGCGACUAAAGCAGCGGAUAUACAUGAAAAUGUUUUGAAUGAAUUGCCAUCAAUGCCGAAAGUCACUAUCGUCUCUGACAGUCUGGUGGCUAAGGAUAAGGAAGCGCAUGGUAAUCGAUUAAUACCAACACCACCGCCACCGUCGACCUCACCAGGCGGCGCUAGUCAGGGUAUGCGUCGUACAGAGUCAUCGGUCACCUUCAUUACACCUGCCACUCGUCAUCGUUCGCAGAGUUCAGAUAGCCUUUGUAGUGACAAUUCACUGGACGGCAGCAUUAGUAGUGAUCUUAAUUUCUCCACUUCAUCACAGCUAAAUGAGAAACUUACCAAAAAUGAUACACUCACGCGGCAACAACGACAAUCGGAUGCACGCACUGAGCCCGCGGUGAAGACACCCAGCGGCUUGAAAGCGCUCGCUUUGUGGAAUAAUAAUUUGAGUAAAGAGGCUGGCUACUACAUAGCGAACUUGCUAGCGGAGACCAAUUCUCUUGAAUUGCUCAACAUUGGCAAAAACUGCCUAUCUAAUGAUUUCGUGACACGAAUAAAAGAUAGUCUCAUGCGCAAUACGACGCUGACGACACUGGGUCUUCAGAGUGCACACCUUAGCGCGAAUGGCAUCGAGACGUUGGCUUCUAUACUGACUUUUGGUGGCAAUAGCACCUUGCAACGCCUAGAUAUACGCGACAAUAAGUUAGAAGUGGAGAGUCUAACGAAAAUCGCUGAAGUGCUCAAAUCAAACACAACAAUCACUCAAAUCGAUAUCGAUGAUGAGCCGAAACGCUUGUCGGUGGGCAGCGAGGCGCACAUGGACUAUACGCGCGUACUGGAAAACGUGCGCUCAAUGUGUUCGCGUAAUGAAAAAACGCAGGCGCAAUUACUAUCGGACAAAUCACAUACAUGUGGCGCGACUAAUAAACGACGCAGCGGCUACUAUAUGGGCUCACGCAAAAUCUCAUUGACCUGCCAUACACGACCGCUCUUCGAGUCUACUAGCGUGAUGACCGCCAGCGCCUCCCCAGCACCAUCGGCGGUCAAUACGAAGUUGGAAGCGAAGCGAAAAACCGGUGCACGCCUGCGCUCACCAGUGCCCAGUCCACCAACAAUUUCACCAUCUUCUUCGCCAAAUCGCAGUCGUUUUCAGGUAUUUCGUGUCACCGAAGACAGUCCGGUUACCUCGCCCCUGGCUCAAACACCGCCCUCAACUGCAUCAUCUACAUCGUCGCUAGCCACCAACAGCAAUGGCAGCACCGUUUCUAUGCCCGCUGAUAUGCCAUAUAAGAGUUCAUUGAGCGCCCUACCGGCGGCGACAUCCAGCUCACUCCCAACGUCCAGUUCGCUGCCCUCAAUGGCUACUGUUACAUCGUCGACACAAUCGAUUAAACGAUUUUCAUCAUCGCAACGCUCACGUUUUCUGGUAUCGAAAAUCUACGAAGAUCCACGCGUGCCAUUAUCAAGUCGCUCAUUACCGCCAAUUACACCACCGAUCCAUUUGCCGCCUACGCCGAUCGCUAAGCAUGCACCGGAAAAUGCCAAGCUCACUAUAUACUCUGGUGCACAAGCGAAGCCAGUAGAACCGGCAGCAACAACUACAGCGGCGGUGGUACCAGUAAUUGACACCAAAGCGGCGGGUGAAAAUUCAGCAACAGCAACUCAACAAGAUAAAGUCACAACUGCUAUUAAACACGGCGGCGAGAGCGACAAGAUUGUUGUUCAACCUACAACACUUAUAGUCACACCGCCAACGCCCGCCAUUGCCGAAGACAGCGGCAGCAACCCAAGCACAAAUAUUCCUGAUUUUAGUCAGAAUAUUUCUGAAAAAGAAGUUAAUAGUACAAAAACAAUAGCCGAAAUGCCGACGCUACAAGCAGAAAUAUCACAACCAGCAGUGCAAACAACACUGCAACCAAGUGAACCACAACAACAACAAUCACCGCCAAACAUUAAUGAAAUAUCCACAAUCGACAGUCAAGCGACCGCCGCCACUGUUACUACCACUACUAAUACACAGAAUUCUAACAUUACUUCAUUAUCGCCCAGCUGUUCGUCUUCGUCCUCUUCAUCAUCGACAUCGCCUGCGUCGCUGCAUUCGAAUUCCUCAUCAACAACGACAUCCUCACCGCUGUCACCCAUAUUUUCCAGUAGCUCGAGUGACUCCACUGAUGAUAUUGGUGGUAAUGUUGGUGCUAUUGGUGAGCUCAGUUUGCGCGAUGAACUCUUAAAUGCAGCUACUACUCGUUGCCCACUGGCCGUUUUCAAUGAUAAUGAUAACGACAUUACGCUCACCAAGAAUUCAACAACCGAUUUGAGCUCGUCUUCUGCGUCGCCGUUAACAACGGAAGAAUCACAGCAACGCCAACGUAAAGUCUCGUGGAUGGCGAAUCCGGGCGCUGUGGACAAAUUACGUUCACUAUUCUUUCAGCGUAGCUCAUCGCCUGAGAAUAAGACACAACCAUCGUCAGCGGCUAGUACGCCACCACAAACAAAUCCUACAGCUAUGCUUCCAUCUACUUUGAACACAACAGUUGCCAUUAAUAAUGCUACAGCUUUCAAUGUUAGUGACUGCACUUUAAGUGACGCCUCCUCACAACAGCUCUUGCAAAAAUUCGUCCAUGCCUCGCAACAGUUAAGUAAGGUCUUUCGACAAAAUCUCUCUUUUGGAAAUGAGGUUACUACAACAUCAACAGUAGCAACAACAACAAAUACGUACACUGGUAUUACAACUGGUGCCAGCGGCAACACAAAUGACGUUUUAUCAGGUGGUUCUGAUGGAAGUGGCGUCGGCAAUAUUACACUACCAACAGAACAGCAUGAUAUUGCGCUCAUACCCACCGAAGUUAAGCAAGAAAUCAAAGAGAACAUCUCACCGGAGCAUACAAUCAAUGAGGAGACAUUGCAAAGCUUACAAAAGCUCACAGGGAUCGAGGAGGCGGUGCGUUGUGUAAAGGAGCAGCAGCAGCAGCUGCAGCAACAACCACCAUCACUAGGAGCGGUAGCAUUAUUGGAGGAUGUGGACGCUGCGGGGGUGAUUAAAAAAUCUACAGUGCUCGAAGAUUUCAAUGCUAAAACCACUGAUAAUGCCAGCCUGGUUAGUGGCUUACACGCUGUCGAAGGAGCUAAUCUAGCACUGGCGCCAGCGUCAGUCAAAAAAGAGGAGCCAGUCAACAGUGCGGCCUCGAAUGCUUCUGCCAGCACUUAAUUUAAAGGGUUUUUUACUUUCUAACUGUAAACUUUAAAAAUUAUUUAAUUUUUUUUACAUUUACUUAGAUUUUUUAAUUUAAAAAUUGGGAGUUGUAUUGUUGUAUACCUACAAUAUUAAUCUAUACAGACAGAUAUACAGAUAUAUAUAUAUAUAUAUUUGGCGAUUACGCACUUAAGUAACUUAAAAUUAGUGGAUUUUCUAAUCUUUGUGCUAGCUUUAAGAAGUAAUUACGCGCUUGCUUCGCUCCCACUUUUUAUUUACGCUUAAACGGUGUACAUUUUUUUCUUAAAUAACAACUAAAAAAGUUGAAAAGUGUCGAAAAUAUGCUAUAUAUGCUGUGUGUACCGUUAGCAAGCGGAACUACUUUUACAUUUAUGUACUUUUUCAAACAACGCUUAAAUUAUUUCCAAGUUCUACACAGCCAUGAAAGCUGUUAAGUGUUACCAUAU